AUGACGCUGCAACGAUUCUGUACGGUUGGAUCACAGUUACAUCGCCUUAAACUUGUUCGCACAUAUAAUUCCACCAGUGCAAUAUUACGAUACUGUAGUAGUAAGAGUACAACAUCAGACGAUGAUAAGCUAAGAGCGUUACCUCAAGGGUUACAGAAAUUGGCUAAAAUAAAAGUCGAGGACUGGCAUCACAUUAAUCCUGGUCCUCCCACGACUCACGAUGAUAUACCAAUUCCCUUCAAAAAAUUUGAGGAGGCGAAGAAAGAUUUCAUGCCGACCUUCAAUUUGUAUUUCUAUGGCUCUUUAAUACUUUUUGCUGUAACCUUCUAUUGGGUGUUUUUUAUUGAAGACAUUUGGCCAUAUAAUGCACGAGCACCAGUGAAAUCAUAUCGAGAACGGCAUAAGCAUAAAAAGCUUCCGGAGUCGCCAAAUGAUGAUAGUUCAGGUGGCGGCAAAACGUUAGCAGGCGCCGCUGUGGCUGGAGCAGCAUUGGCUAUUGAUAGUAGCGAAAAGGAAGUAAUAAAAGCAAACGCUGGUACUGAGGAAGAUGUGAAGGUUGACAUUUCUGCGGACUCUUCCAUAUCUUCAAUCAAGGGGAAAAAAGCAGUGGUCAAUGAGGAUUCUAUAGUGCCAGAGGAAACAAGUCCAGUGAGACCGGAAAAAGGGACUGUAGUGGACUCGAAAAAAUUGCCAGAAGAAAUACCUUAUUUGCUAAUAGGCUCCGGCGCAGCCUCGUAUUACGCAGCUUUGGCAAUCAGGGCUCGGGAUCCAGAUGCCAAAGUGCUGAUGAUAGGCGAUGAAAAACACUUACCAUACAAUCGACCUCCGUUAUCGAAGGAGUUGUGGUGGUAUGGUGAAGACCAGGUGGCUGAGACUCUGGAAUAUAGAGGUUACAGUGGAAAGAAGCGGGAUGUAUAUUUUGAAGCGCCAGGAUUUUUCAUACUGCCGGGUGAAAUUGAGUCGGCUGAACAUGGUGGUGUAUCGUUAGUCAGUGGACACCGUGUUGUUAAACUUGACUUGACAACACAAACAGCUUAUCUGGAUGAUGGACGUUCAUUGAAAUACCAAAAGUGUCUUAUAGCUACAGGAGGAUAUCCAAAAUCGUUGCCAGCAAUUGAAAAUGCUAGCGAGGAAGUAAAACGAAGAGUAAUGUUCUUCCGAACGAUUGACGAUUUCCGCAAAUUGGAUGAAAUAGUACGAAAAAGUAAAUCUAUAACGAUUAUUGGCGGUAGUUUCUUGGGUUCAGAGUUAGCAAACUCAUUGAAUCGACGCUUUGGAGAGCAAGGGUUGCAAAUUUGUCAGAUAUUCCGAGAAAAAGGCAAUGUUGCUGAGAUCUUACCGCAGUUUUUGAGCAAAUAUAUAACCAGCGAGCUACGUAAAAGUGGUAUUAAUGUUAUGCCUGAGAAGGAACUUAAGCGUGUAACAAUUGAUGAAAGUGGUAAACUUCGCUUGCAGCUAGCAACAGGAGAAACUAUAAGCACGGAUCACAUCAUUAUGGCAGUAGGCAUAUGCGCAAAUACGGAUUUGGCAAAAUCAUGCGGUUUGGAAAUUGAUCCCAUGAAUGGGGGUUAUGUAGUUGAUGCCGAACUGCGUGCUCGGUCAAAUGUUUGGGUUGCUGGCGAUGCAAGUAGCUUUUAUGAUGUUAAACUUGGUCGAAGAAGAAUGGAACAUUGGGAACAUGCACAAAUAACCGGACGUCUUGCUGGUGAAAACAUGACCGGAGCGAACAGAGCAUAUUGGCACCAAUCUUCUUAUUAUUCCAUCUUAGCACCAAGUGUUCAUUUGGAAGCAGUUGGUAGGACUGAUUCAGGAUUGAAAACAGUGUCAGUUUUGGCAGAUACUAAGGCUGAUGAAGUCGAAAAAGGAGUUGUUUUUUAUCUUGAUGGCAAAGUUAUCGUGGGUGUAUUAUUGCUAAACGUUUCUGGUCCAGGUAUUGAGGUCGCAAGACGGCUUAUUGCAGAUGGACGUGAACAUGACAGUUUCAAAGAACUUGCGAAACUGUUCAAUCUACACAAAAGCAAAGCGGAUGAUGAACAAGAGGGAUAA